AUGACGGGCCUUAUCACUAAGGUUAUUGUAGUCGGGGGCGGAGGGAAUCUUGGACGCUACAUCGUCUCAGCUUUCGACACCGACCCUCGCUUCACUGUAUCCAUCUUGAGCCGAUAUUCAUCGUGCGCCUCUUUCCCACCUCAGAUCACAGUCCACCGGACCAGCGAGAACUACAACGAACCCGAACUAGUUGACAUUUUGAGGGACCAAGACGCAGUUGUCUGCACAAUUGCCACGAGUAAGAUAUCCCAGCAGAAAUUAAUAAUAGAUGCCGCAACCAAAGCCCGAGUCAAGCGCUUUGUCCCAUCCGAAUUCGGCCAUGAUACGCGAAAUGAGCAGGCUGGGGAGAUGGCCCCGUUUCUCUUCAAAACCAAAAAGAAGAUAGUGGAGUAUUUGAGGACCAAGGAGAAGGAAGGAUUGAGCUGGACAGCAUUUGUAACGGGGCCAUUGUUUGAGAUGCAACCAACGGUUGAAAACAGAGCCGUCCAGAAUUUCCUAGGAUACAGCAUACUCAAGAGACAAGCCAUGAUACUUAAUGGCGGCGCGAAUCACUGGUCCACCACGACUCUCAACACGGUCGCUCUUGCGGUGCAGAAUGCGAUGCUCGCCCCGGAGCGGACGGCCAACAGAUACUUGUUUAUCGAAUCUUUCCGGGUUUCCCAGAACGAUAUUCUCGCAUUGUUAGAAUACAUGAGCGGGACACCGUGGGAUACGAUACAUUGUGACGCGGAAGAGGAAAAAAGACUGGCGUUGGAGAGCCUAUCGAAGGGGGAGCUACGUGGUAUGCCCGCCCUAAUGAGAUAUGUUACCUGUAUCAAAGGGUUUGGAGGUCAUUAUAUGGAGUAUGAGGAGAGUGCGAACGACUUGUUGUCGAUGCCCAAUGAGAGCCUUCAUGAAGUCGUGAGAGCUAUUCUACAAAGUGGAUAG